AUUUGAUUCACUGCUGUAGUCUGGUAAUGCCUGUGCUGAGUGGCAGUGGUGAUCCUGACUGUUAAGUCUCAUUCCUUUUUUACCAGUGAAAGUGCAAUUAGUUCUUGAUUGUAACAUGGAGACAACCACCACUGUCCUGAAAACGUGUGAGCCAUUUCAACACUUCUGAUGAAAGACUUGGCUUGUUUGGGUAAUUAUUAGAAACCUUUAUAUCUGAGACUGUUUUGGGUAAGUUGCUGGGCUCAAAUUAUGAUCACAGGAAGGUAUCUCAGGGAAAUCUGUUUAGUGGUGUGUGUAAUUCACACUUUUAUUUUUCACAGGGGUUUCCUAGAACCAAAUUCAAAUCAUCCAGUACGGACAGUAAAGGAGAAGCUCACUGCAGAGCUUUGCCAAGCCUUUCCGUUACAAAACAUUGACUCCUGCCUUCCUCUGCUCCACCAAGGUCAACUCAAUGGUGUCUGUGACUCAAAUAUCUUUUGGAUCAUUCUGAACCCAGAGGAGACUCCAAGCACUGAAGAAAUGUCUAAUGGACUGGCAAAUGCAGUUUCAUUUCACCAUGUUGAUUUUUGCAGGGAUGCAGAUAAGAAUGGCUGGGUGGAUGUACAAGAGGGAUGCCACAUUUCAAAGCAGUAUUAUCUUAGACCUUCCCUUCUACCUUAUGCUCAGGCAGUAGGACAAAGAGGAGCUUUUCUCCCAGAGACACUUUAUGUUCUUUCUGGGCUGGUUUUCAGGAGGUGUUUUAUCACUCCUCACUCAAUGCCUGUUUUUCAUGAGAUGUUUUUUGUAAGCGCCAUUAACAGAGGCACAGAGAAAAGCUAUAUCCAGAUGUUGGUGGAUAACAUUAAAACUAGCAUACAUUCUCUUCACCAGACCGUUUCCAGCUUUAAACUGAGUAUCAGCCUGCAGGAAGCAAUGAGCUUUGAAACAACUGAGCUAAAUGACUUUGCUGCUUUUGAAACUCGGCUUAGUAAAAUUCAGUACUUAAUCUGUGUGGAGACAGAUACUUCAGGCUCCCAUGACAAGGGCUCCUGUGUGGGAGUUAUAAGGACAGCUCAUUAUGAACUAGUAGGCAGUGAACUGGUUAUUGUCUUUGCUUCAUUGAAUCUUGACCUCCUAGCCAUGCUGAUCUGUGGAAUAUGUGAUUGGCGAAUGCUCUGGACAUCAGACAAUCGGUUCCUCCAUCAAUUUCCUAGAGGAGAAUUAAGGCUAUUCAAGAGUUUUUCUCUCUAUCCACCUUCCUAUGUGCAUGAUGUCAGCUUUUGGGUUCCUGAUGGGGAACAGUUCGAUGAAGUUGCUUUUCACACCAUUGCCAGGCAGGUGUCGUGUGAAACGGUCACGUCCAUCCAGUUAAUCGACAGUUUCCAGCAGUCAGAGACAGGACGGAGGAGCUUCUGCUACAGGCUGACCUUUCAGUCCUGCGACAAGGCCCUGAGCCGUCAGCUGGUGGCGGAGAUGCAGCUGCUCCUCCGGAAGGAGAUAAACCAGCACUUGGGUGUUACUGUUCGAUAGA